AUGUCGCAGUGUGUCCAAUCACCACUCCCACCUUUUCUUAAACAAUCCCGGAUAUGCCUGCUAGUAGAGAAAGGUCACGACCCUUCGUCAUCGUGUCUCUUGUAUGAACCGUCAUAUCUAGAUGCCCGAGACUUCACAGCGGCUUUUAGCCGGCUACGGAAGCAGCCCGGCCGUCGGGCUGGGUUGCGACCAUGGCAAAGUCUAGGGCAGGGGAGCCUUCCUGAAUCGCGAUUUUGCGCCCAGUCAAGUCGACCGAGCCCAGCAGCUGGCGGGACCCAGCAUCAGCAGCACCAUUUGUUCAAACAGUCUUUUUCAGGGCUAACUUCUGAAAGUCAUUCGAUCGCCACUCUUCGAGGCUCCACUCACUUCACUCUCUGCUACUGCUUUCCCUCUGAGAUGCCAGAUAACUCCUGCAGCUUCCUGCACUCCUGCAGCUACCAGCAGUAUCCAGCUCACUCUUGCAGCUUCCAGCUCACUCCCGCAUCUUCCAGCACUCCUGCAGCUUCCAGCUCACUCCUGCAGCACUCCUGCAGCUCCCAGCUCACUCCUGCAGCAUCCAGCACUCCUGCAGCUCCCAGCUCACUCCUGCAGCUUCCAGCUCACUCCAGCAGCUACCAGCUCACUCCAGCAGCUUCCCACACAACCAGUUCCAACCUCCGGAUACCGUUCCCGAAUAAACGACCUCUGUCGUCUUUCUAUCCACCGUUCGCAAAUAAAGACACGAUUUCUAUCGCCUACAACGGACCAUCUGCGUUUGUCAUCCUUCUUUGCUAUUGCCUUUGUGUCCCCUUUUUAGUUGUACGGUCGAUUGGCACUCACACCUCUCGGCCCGCUGCAACACCGACCGAUUUUUCCCUGACUCUCUACGUUUCACUUUGA